AUGGCUUUCUCAGACUCUGAGGUGGAUGAGGCCUUUGACUACUUGUUCAAGAUCAUCCUGAUUGGAGACUCAAAUGUAGGAAAGACAUGCGUGGUCCAUCGUUUCAAGUCAGGGCAAUACCAUACAAAGCAGCAGAACACUAUUGGAGUAGACUUCACGGUGCGCUCGCUAGAGAUUGAUGGCAAGAAGGUCAAGGUAAGUGGGUGGGAUACAGCAGGCCAAGAACGCUUCCGCACAAUAACCCAAAGUUAUUAUCGUAGUGCCCAUGGUGAUCUUGCCUAUGAUAUGACCAGGAGAUCCACGUUUGAGUCUAUACCUCAUUGGAUUCAUGAGAUUGAAAAAUACGGUGCAGCUAAUCUGGUCCUGAUGUUGAUUGGGAACAAGGCGGAUGAAGCAGACAAGCGGCAAGUUCUGUUUGAAGAUGCUUGCACACUGGCAGAGAAGCAUGGCCUUCUGGCUGUACUGGAGACAUCAGCCAAGGAGGCCCAAAAUGUAGAUGAGGUCUUCAUCCUAAUGGCCAAAGAGCUGAUAGCUCGGAAUACCUUACAGCUUCAUGGGGAGAGUGGCCCUCCAGAAAACAUCCAUCUGGACACCAGGCCAGUGAUUGCCAGUCAAGCUGAGAACUCCAAUUGCUCAUGUUGAUGAAAUGCUCCAAGGGAGGAAAGCCACUAACAUGAUUCCUGAAGCCUACACUAUUACAAGAAGAAUUUUCCUUCUAGCCUUGUGUUUGCCGUAUAUUUGAGACAAGCAGUUUUAGCUUAUUGUCAUUCUCCUGAAGCCAAUGCUGCUUCUCUUUCUUCUGAUGGUCCUGGCAGGCUGCCAUGGCUCACAGUGGCCAUGCAAUCUUUCAACUGAAGAGAAGAAUAUCUGUUGGAAACUAUGAGAAACUAUCAUUGGAAAAGAAUGGUGAAUACCUCUAAGAAACAGGUGGACAUCUUUCAGGUUCUGUGAAGAGCUGUCCUGUCAGGCUUCUACUGGCUUCCAACAGUGACAGUGGAAAAAAGUGUGUUUACCUCUUAAGCACUGUGACAUCUAUCUUUUAUAUUUUAGCUCAAAAGAGUAUGGAUAGUGAUUAACAAAAUUAGUAUGGUUAAAUGUUAAAUAAGUGGUUUUGAUUGGUUGCAGUUGUUUCUUGCCUAGCAAGCCAGUACUUUCUAGUAGUCUAGAUGUAGCUGGUCUUCAGUUUACAUAGGAUUUGCUCUGCCUCUUAUUGCCACCAACCACUGAUCUUUAUAAGCAACUUUAUGUGUCGUUCCCACUUCUUUUUCCUGUUCUGACUUUGUACAGUCCCUGCACUAGUUGUGAAUGGCUGUGACAGUAAAGAAUUAUAACUAACAAGAGUGUGUGGAAAGUUUUCUAUUCUUUGAAAUAGAACGCUUGACUGAAGUUAGUAAAUCCAAGUUUUCCAACUAUCUGUGAUGGUGGCUGGACCUCUCACAAACACUUCAACAGCAUGGAUCAAAACUUAGAUAUACUGAAACAGCAGUUGCCAAGGUGACUGUUCUUUGUUGUGGAUGCAUGGGAACUUGGGGGCAGGGAAAUAACACAUUUUAACAGUGUUACCUUCAAUGUGUUAUUUUUGCAGAAAUGUAAUUACUGGCAAGCUUAUUUUUUCUGGUGUAAUGAGCAAUGUUUAGUUAUUACGCUAGAAUAUUGCUCCUGGGGAAUUUUUGGUUAUUUUUGUGUCUUAAAGUGUUUUUUAAAAAUCUAAAUAGUUCGUUUUCAUAAACCACAAGUAACAUAUUACUGCUUAAAAAACAUUCCAAAUACUGUGGAAACAGAUUUCCCCCCUGUGCUUUAGAGUUGACAUUGACCUUUAAUAUUAUCAAAAAGUGAGUAUAGGAAAUUUUCUGCAACCAUUCAUCUGAAAAAUGUUGGGAACUGUGUGUACUUAUUGUGAUGCUAGGUAUU